CGCAAACAUUUCUACAUUUCCAAAACUGUUCAUUGCCUCACAGACCACCACAGAACCUGACUGAAGACAGAUCUUAACCCUUCUCUCCCUCAGGAUUUCAGGCUGUAUCAAUGGAGUCUCUCUCAGUGUCAACCAACAGCUUUACUCUGGACCUUUACAAAAAGCUGAAUGAAACUUCCAAAGGCCAAAACAUUUUCUUUUCUCCUUGGAGUAUUGCAACUGCUCUCGCCAUGGUCUACCUGGGUGCCAAAGGUGACACUGCAACCCAGAUGGCUGAGGUUCUUCAUUUUAACCAGACUGCAGGAGAAGAAGAUUCAUCUGAGACAACAAGGCCUUCUCUGGGGAGACCAAAGAAAAGAAAGAUGGAUCCUGGGCACAAGCAAGCUGAAAACAUCCACUCCGGCUUCAAAACACUCCUGUCUGCUAUCAACAAACCCAGCAGCACCUACUUGCUGAAGAGUGCCAACCGGCUGUAUGAGGAAAAGACCUACCCAUUACUGCCUAAAUUCUUAAAGCUCAUUACAAGCUAUUACAAUGCAAAGCCACAAGCUGUAAACUUUAAGACAGCUGCAGAACAAGCCAGAGCACUCAUCAAUUUGUGGGUUGAAAAUGAAACUGAGAGGAAAAUACAGGAUCUGCUGCCUGCAGGAUCUCUCAAUUCCCGCACUAUGUUGGUCUUAGUAAAUGCCAUUUAUUUCAAAGGAAACUGGGAAAAGAAGUUUCUGGAGAAAAAUACUUCUGAGAUGCCCUUCAGACUGAGCAAGACCAAAACUAAACCAGUACAGAUGAUGUUUCUGAGAGAUGCAUUUUUGAUAUUCCAUGAAACAACCAUGAAAUUCAAAAUCAUUGAGCUGCCAUAUGUGGAAAAUGAACUCAGUAUGUUUGUUCUCUUACCAGAUGACAUCAGUGGUAACACUAAUGGUCUGGAGCAGGUGGAAAGAGAGCUGACCUAUGAAAAAUUGGCUGAAUGGACCAAAUCGGCCAAUAUGAUGAAAGCUGAAGUGGAUCUGUACCUGCCCAAGUUGAAACUGGAAGAGAAUUACGACCUUAAAUCCACUUUGAGCAGCAUGGGGAUAAAAAAUGCUUUUGACCCAGUUCAGGCUGAUUUCACAGGGAUGUCUGUGAAGAAGGAUCUUUACAUCUCAAAAGUUGUUCACAAAGCUUUUGUGGAGGUCAAUGAAGAAGGCACUGAGGCAGCAGCUGCUACAGCUGUCCUGGUGCUGAGAUCAAAAGCACCAACAAUGACUUUUAAAGCUGACCACCCCUUUCUCUUCUUCAUCCGACACAACAAAUCACAAACCAUCCUCUUCUUUGGCAGACUCUGCUCACCCUAUGCAGUUAUUGUGUAUCGUCUCCAAAACCGCUCUGAUGAGAAGGGUAUCGUCGGAACCAUGGACAGCCUUUGUGCAUCAAGUACCACUUUUGCACUUGAUCUCUUAAGAAAGCUGUGUGAGAACAAAAGCAGGCAGAAUCUGUUCUUUUCUCCUUUUAGUAUUUCAUCUGCUUUGUCUAUGAUUUUAUUGGGUUCAAAAGGUAACACUGAAGCCCAAAUAGCAAAGGUGCUUUCUCUGAACAAAGCUGAGGAUGCUCACAAUGGGUAUCAGUCACUUCUUUCUGAAAUUAAUGCUCCAGACACCAAAUAUAUACUGAGAACUGCUAACCGACUUUAUGGAGAAAAGACAUUUGAGUUUCUCUCAUCUUUUAUAGAGUCAAGUCAGAAAUUCUACCAUGCUGGACUAGAACAGACUGACUUCAUGCAUGCUUGGGAGGAUUCCAGAAAACAAAUAAAUGCCUGGGUAGAGGAAAGGACUGAAGGUAAAAUUCAGAACUUGUUGAUGGAGGGGAUUGUCAGUUCACUGACCAGACUUGUGCUGGUGAAUGCCAUUUAUUUCAAAGGCAACUGGGAAAAGCAGUUCAACAAAGAGAGGACAGCAGAAAAGCCAUUUCAGAUUAACAAGAAAGAGACCAAACCUGUUCAGAUGAUGUUCAAGAAGGAUAGAUUUAACAUGACCUAUAUUGGGGACUUCCAGACCAAAAUCCUUGAGCUCCCUUAUGUUGGUAAUGAACUCAGCAUGAUCAUCCUGCUCCCUGAUGCAAUCCAGGAUGGAUCCACUGGCUUGGAGAGUCUGGAAAGGGAGCUUACGUAUGAGAAGCUGAUAGAUUGGAUCAAUCCUGAAAUGAUGGACUGUACAGAGGUGAGGGUGUCUUUACCCAGGUUUAAACUGGAAGAAGAUUAUGAUCUGAAACCCCUUCUGAGAAGCAUGGGGAUGCCUGAUGCGUUUGACUUAGGGAAGGCAGAUUUCUCAGGAAUCUCAGCCGGCACCGAGCUGGUGCUCUCAGAAGUGGUUCACAAGUCCUUUGUGGAAGUCAACGAAGAAGGCACUGAAGCAGCAGCAGCCACAGCAGGAGUGAUGAUGUUGCGCUGUGCACGAAUCAUUCCAGAAUUCACUGCAGAUCAUCCCUUCCUCUUCUUCAUCCGGCACAACAAAACUUCCAGCAUUUUGUUCUGUGGCAGAUUUUGCUCUCCCUAAAAAGGAGAUGUCUUGGCAAAAGAGCCACCAUUACACAGUAACUUUGUUUCCUUAGAAUAGGGCUACUCUUUUUGCACUAACUGUCUCUUUCAUCUGUGCCUGAAUCCACUUCUGUGGCCUGCAUCUCAGGCUUGGAUAGAGUAACAGCUGCUUAAACAUACACAGCAACUGCCAUUUAAAACAACUCUUGCCCUGUGCAUCUGAGUGUAGAGGUCUGACUUCUUGCUGACACAAGAAACAUCUCACUUGCUCAGUGAAUACUUCCUCUGUCCUUGCCGCUCCCAUUGCAGCUUUCGCUGUUUGUGGCCACCAGGCAGCAAGUCAGGCACCAACAUCUCAUAGGAAAGGAAGAAUUUUGUUUCUGAGGAUAUUGGAGUACAUCUUUAGCUCCCCUCCCCCUUUUUCCACCCAUCCUCAGUUCUUUUUUUUUUUUUUUUCUUUUUUUCCCCAGACUUACCUGUUUAAUGUUUUGAUACAUUCCCUAGACAUUAAAGGAGUCUUUUUCAGCCUGUUCCGAGUCUUGUGAAACAUCCUGACAAGGCAGGAUUUUUUGGAUAAUACCUGGACAAGCACUCAGGCAAGAAUGGGAAUAAAAGUAUGUCUUUGCAGCAGAUGUCCUUACAGGUUAUUCGUGGGGUGAGAAUUGAUUGCUAUUUUCAAACCCAGGUGUCCUGUGGUAAAUUACCCAUCACCUAGUUCUAGUCCUUCAACAAAGAAUGUAAGGAAAAACCAUAUGGUGCCUGUGCAGUAUUUAAAUGACAAAGCUUUAACUUUUUGCUAUUGUUUGUAUAUUUUUCCUGUUCAUAGUUUCUUAAACAGUUUAACUGAAUAAUACCAAAGAUGUAGCUGAAACAGCUUUCUAAUACAGUAUUUGCUGUUUGUUUCUGAAAUAAUAAAAUAACUAUAAAU